UCUUGUCUUCUGUCAUACUCAAGUAUGGGUCGAGUGUGCCAACUUUGCAGUGGAUUUAUUAGCUCAGCCCUUGAGUAUGAAACCAACAAGGUGGUGCAGAUCCGUUCAAAACGGGUGGGCGCCUCAUUCCGCAUCAUCCAACUCUUCUUCGUCCUCUACGUCAUCCUCUGGGUCAUGAUUAAGGAGAAGGGCUACCAAAAGUUUGAUAAAGCACAGAGUGGCGUCACGGCCAAACUGAAAGGGAUUGCUUUCGCUAACCUCUCCAGCGAGUCAAACAUCCAGACUAUUGUCUUUGAUGCCGCCGACUAUGUGAUCCCACCACAGCAGAAAGCGGCAUUUUUUGUCAUGACCAACUUGAUCGUGACUCCAGGUCAAGCUCUGGGUACCUGUGAGGAGUCGCACGAUGUGCACGGUAACUCGUGCCAUAGCGACGCCGAUUGUCAUUCAGGCCACCUGGUACUGACGGGCAGCGGGGUACAGACGGGACGGUGUGUACGGUCCACACGUACACAGAAUUUCUCAGUCUGUGAAAUCUACGGUUGGUGCCCAACCGAGCAUGACGUCAUGCCGCAGACGCAUAUCCUCGCAUCUGCUCCCAAUUUCACUGUGAUGCUGAAGAACAGCAUUGAAUUCCCUCGCUACCGCGUGAAGCGGCGCAACAUUUUGAGUUGGAUGAACAAGCCCUUUUUGUACAAGUGUCGCUACGAUCCAAAACAUCCAAAGAAUCGGUUCUGUCCUAUCUUCCGUCUGGGUGAUAUUCUGCAGUACACGAACGCUGACAACAAGGACAUUUGGAUGUACGGAGGCAUGAUCUCGAUCUACAUCGAGUGGAACUGUAACCUGGACUACGACGAGGAGGAGUGCGUACCCAAGUAUACAUUUCGUCGAUUGGACGACUUCGACAGCGUCGUCGGGAAGGGCUGGAACUUCCGGUUCAGCCAACACUAUAUCGAGAACGGCGUGCACAAGCGCAAUCUGAUCAAGGCCUUUGGUAUUCAAUUCUUUAUCACAGUCUACGGCAACGGAGGUAAGUUCGACAUGCUUGUCUUCACCAUGAACCUCGGCUCUGGCUUGGCCCUACUCGGCAUUGCCACAGUCCUCUGUGACAUGCUUAUUUUGAAUGUGACCAGAAAGCGGAACCUGUACCGCAACGCCAAAGUCGAUCUGAUGGUGAAUGAGCGGAAUCAUAUGCUAAUGCACAAAAAACAGACUCGCAAACAUCGACGCAUACCAAAAAGUGGCAACGUACACAAACUUCCAGUCUUGGGCUCCAAAAAGUGUCUAACUGAGCGACGGGAGACUUUGAAGUCGGACAUUGGUCAGGAGCCGAAAGCGGAGAGAAAUGAGCAUGAAUCCAAUGAAGAGAAAUACAAGGAGACUUGUUUAAUGAACGAGAAAGAGAUGAGAUUGCGAGAGUCGGAGACUCUCAGUAUAUUAGAGGAGGAAUUGGACAUCUUCCCGGCAGACGAGUCUGUCCAAUAUGGAGCCCAGUCAUGUGAUAUUCUAGCCCAUUGUGACGACGUUGAGGCUUCAUCAGAGCUCUGGGAUCACAGACCGAGAUCCCUUUUAUUUCCAUUACACAAUUUUCGACAUUCAAAGAGACGAACUUUUAGCCACAGUACCAGAGCUUGUAGACCGUCUGCCGUCAGAUUUUCAGAGGAACAAGUGGGCGGUACAAAGGCAACCGAUAUAUCGGCCAUCAUUAAUCGGCAAUCUAGGAAUCUGAGUAUAUCUGAGUCCCGCCGGCCGGUUCGUCGAUCAACUAGUCCCACUUGCCUGAAUGCUACAGCCGUCAUGGCUACCCGCAGCGCUCGAAUGGCCUCGGAGCCGAUGGUGAUCCACCCAAGGCGGGAACCUGGCUUUGAGUCCGCCAGCUCGACUCUAGAAGUAGCCCGGCCACGCAUCAACUACUCAACUCAGGAGCCUGGUGAAGCGAGUCCUGCAAAUUUUGUCGCACUUCCUGAAUUUGGUACCAGCACUGCCGUUGAUCCAAGAUCCGUCCAGCCUGACGCUUGUCCGUCAGAAAAAGGCGCCGACAAUCUUCUCUGGCUUGAGGAUAUAGAUGCUCUGGAUUCACUUGAUCUAUGUUCACAUAUGGAAAGUUGGAUGGAAAGCAAAUCUGGCAUCUCUUAG